AUGAAGAGAUUCUUUACCGGGCUGGCUCUGCUGCAGCAGGAACAGAAAGCCUCCGAGGACACAGAGAAGGAGGCUGCUCUGUUCUUACAACAGGGACUGGAGCACUUUGUCAGCCAGCGCUGUAGCAAGAGCUGGGUGGAACAGGAUCCAUCAGACCCUUUGUCCAGCUUCAGCACACAAUUCCUGCGAGGCCUUCUUACUCUGGGCCAGCUCCAGCAGAGAGACACCCUGUCUGAGAAGGCCAUGAGUGCGGAACAGGUCUAUCACACCGUAGCAGUGCUGACUGCCCAGAGUGUGAGUCAGUGUGUGUGUCGUGGCGAGGCGAGCGGGCAGCUGGAGUGGGUGCUCCUGGAUGCUCAAUUUGCCCUGCUGCAGAGGCUGAUCCAGCAGGGUGAGCGCCAGGCCAAGUCGGCCAUGGAGAGACAGUCCCUGGUUGCAAAUAGAUGCCAGGCUCUCACAGCUCUCAUACGUCUUACCUCUAUUGCCCCCUGUCAGGAACUGCUGGACAUGCAGGAGAGGGCCUGCCAGCUAGCAGUAGUGACCACACCGCGGGACAGCCACGCCCUGUGUCUUCUGGGUCUGUCACAGCUGGCUCAAUAUGACAACAACCCAAAUUCAAACAGGUCAAAGGAAUCCAUAACUGAUGCCUGCCUCAGCUUUCAGGCCAGCAUUGAGCUGGAACACAAGACUCAGAGCGGAGAGCCGCUUGAACAGCUGAGAAAACAAAAGUGGUGGCAGGACCGCCAGGAGGCUGAAAACAAGAAAGCUGCCAAGCAGUCCAUCACCCAGCCAGCGGGAGUGAAGGGGCCUUCUGACACCAGUGCGGCCAAGAGAGGAGCUAAGCCGGGUAGGGGAGGGCCUGUUCAAGGGCGGGUGGCAGCCGCUGUAACCAAAGCUCCUGCUCCAGCGCCCCCAGCCCCCAUCAGGGGGGGGAAAGCUGUCCGGCCUCCAGCCAAAACCCCUGCAGCCAGGGGGAGAGCUGAAGCAGCAGCCAAACCAGAUAAAUCAGCUAGACCUGCUAGCAACGGUACUAAACUUCAGCUACAAGCCAGCAAGUCGAAACAGGACUGCUGCCCCGCUACUGUUGAGACAGCAGAGGAGCCUGCUGUGGCAGAAACAGUGACUGCGUUCAGCCCCAUAAACCCCAGCUGUCAUGUCUCACGGCUGGGUCUGGCCCGCGCCCUCUCCCGCUCUGCAGACACCCAGGACCAGGCAAAGCAGCUCUACCAAGAGGUCAUCUCCAUGGCACCAAGGGUCCACGAUGCCUACAUUGAGCUUGUGCAGCUGCUGGAACCAUCAGACCCUCAGGCUGCAGUGGAGGUGUACUGCAGAUUCCCCCUGAAGCCUGUGGCUGAGCAGAGCUUCGAUGAUGCCUUCAUCACCGGAGAGAUUGUUCGCAUGCUGAUGAUGCUGGAGCAGUACGACCACCCUCAGCUGGGCCCCAGCCUUGUAGCCUACGGCAAAGUCAUGGGCCUAAGUUGCAUAGACAAAUACAUCGACAUCUUGGAUGGAAAGUUCAUGACCAAGCUGCUGAUGAGUGUCUACGCAAGGAUCCACGACAGACAGGAGGACGACCAGGAGCUUCAGGAUUUCUUCAAGUUCAAAUGCUGGAUAUGAUGCUUUGACCUUCUAACAAAUCCCUUUAUUUAUCUUUUAAAAUCCUCAAGUGAGUCAGUGUGCUUGCUGUGUA